GCCAGGCUGCUGGCUCUACAAUCUGUUCACGGGGGCGCUCCAAGAACCCCUGCGGCAUGAAGUGAAUAAGCAGCUCUGCCUGGGGCUCAGGAAAGGGGUCAGCGAUCUGGAGUGCGCCCUGAAGAUCAUGCCAGUCACAGCCCGACUCGACCCCUUCGCUGCCUUUGACUACUCCUUGGUCAGCAAGCCGAUGAUUGCCAGGGACCAUGGGGACAUGGACCUGAAGGGCGAGUUCUAUGGCGUGGGCAAACACACUGAGAGCCCCUUCUCCCCCGCCCCCUUCCUGCUGCCGGACGAGGGGGACCGCAUGCUGCUUCUCGGCCUCUCCGAGUUCUCGGCCAACUCGGCUGCCUUCGUCUACUUCACCGCAGGGGCCUUGCGGAAGAAGCUCACGGACAGCAUGAUCCCAAAGCGCUCCCCCAUCCGGCUGAACACGCGCAGCUUGGGGCUCUUCUGCCCACAGUUGGAGCAUGUCAGUCGUGCAUGA